AUCUAUCAUUUCUCCUCUCUCUCUCCCAUUUUCUUUACACACCCAUCUGAUCCAACUCUGAAAAAAAGUACAUAUCUUUCAUCUUCUUCGUCUUUCCAUCAAAACCCACAUACCAAAACAUCCCCAAGAACACCAAUAAUCAAUAAAGGUUUUUGUUUUCAGUCGUUCGGUUUGUUUUGUACGGGAUGUUCAUGUCAAGUUUGGAUAUAUAUAGUUCAAACUGAUAUGAAGGUGGUUAUGAUUGUGACCACGACAAGUGUCAAAGUUUUGUUAUGCCUACAAUUGUCAUGUGAUUGAAACAGCUGGAGCAAAUAUCAGCAAUUAGACAGCUUUGAAGAUUUACAUAGCCGCAGAUUGGUCAGUUGUAUGACUGGAAUUUUGUUUCGAUAUUAGCAUCAUUACACUAAUUUUGAAAUGGAGACCAAGGAUUUGAUGACAAAACCUGAACCAAGAAUGAAACACAGGCUGCUUCCGGCUGUUUUACCUGUGAUAUUUAUUGCACUCACAUAUGUAGAUCCUGGAAAAUGGGUUGCAGCUAUUGAAGGAGGAGCACGUUUUGGUAAUGAUCUCAUUGUUAUUAUGUUUGUAUUUAGUUUGGCUGCUGUUCUGUGUCAGUACCUCUCGGCUUCUAUUGCGGUGGUCACCGGAAGAAAUCUUGCCCAGAUCUGCAGAUUGGAGUAUGGGACAGUCACAUGUGUUUUCUUGGGAGUUCAAGCGGGACUCUCUAUGAUCAUAUUAGACCUUUCAAUGAUUUUGGGAACUGCCCAUGCACUUAAUCUUACAUUUGGCAUCAGUCUGUUCACUUGUGUCCUUUUGACUUCUCUCGACGCUUUUUUAUUUCCGGUUGUCUCGAGUUAUCUGGAGAAUGGAAAAGCGAGGUUUAUAUGCAUGUGGUUGGCGACCGUUGCUUUAUGUUCUUACUUCUUUGGAGUGCUUACGAGUCAACGGGAUACAUCACUUUCCAUAGGUGGGAUGCUUCCCUAUUUAAGCGGGGAAAGUGUGUUUGCUUUAAUGAGUCUACUCGGUGCAAGCAUCAUGCCUCAUAAUAUAUAUCUCCAUUCAUCUAUAGUGCAGCAAAAUCAGGGACUGACACAAGUUUCUAAGGGAGCUUUAUGUCAAGACCAUCUUUUCGCCAUUGCAUGUAUCUUCAGUGGUGUUUUCCUCGUAAAUUACGUUCUGAUGAACUCAGCUGCAAAUGUGUUUUAUACUACCGGCCUUGAUUUGCUUACUUUCCAAGAUGCAUUGUCUCUAAUGGACCAGGUAUUCAGGAGCCUUAUGGCACCAUUCGCUCUAGUUCUUCUUCUGGUUCUUUCAUAUCAUACAACAGCGUUGACAUGGAAAUUCAGUGGACAGUCCGUUCUUCAUAAUUUUCUCAAAAUCGACAUCCCUGGUUGGUGUCAUCACUCAACAAUCAGAUUCAUGGCUUUAAUUCCAGCUCUUUUAUGUGCGUGGCAUUCGGGAGCUGAGGGUACAUAUCAACUGAUGGCAUUUACCCAGAUUGUGGUGGCGCUUUUGCUCCCAUCAUCUGUGAUCCCACUUUUUCGUGUAGCUUCAUCGAGAUCGAUUAUGGGCGUGAACAGAAUCUCUCAGUUUGUUGAAUAUCUUGUUUGGACAAUUUAUAUUGGCAUGGUCGGUUUAGAGAUAGUGUUCGUGGUCGAGAUGGUGUUUGGAAACAGUGAUUGGGCGAGUAACUUGAGGUGGACCAUGGGGACUGGCAUGUCAGCCCCGUAUAUUGUAGUUCUUGUUACUGCAGUUUUUUCCAUCUCAUUUAUGCUUUGUCUCGUUGUAACUCCUUUGAAAUCGGCAAGUUCCCGACUCGAUGUUCAGAAGUGGGAUAUUCAAGAUAUUGUCCCUGAAUCAUCGUUUAAAGAAAGAACUGAAGACCCGAGAGAAAUUCAAGAAACGAUAACAUCUCAUGAGAAGUCGUUAGAGUGUGAAUCUGAUACUUCACGUGAUUUAAAUUUGCCUGAUGAACUACUAGACUUCGAUAAUGGGUCUCAUUUGACUCCCAUAGAAGAAAGUUCUUCUGAUCUUGUUGUUACGUCACAGCAAGCUGAAUCAGUGACAACAGUGGAAAGUAUCUCGAGCCCAGUAACCGUCUUGAAGAAGGAAGAUGAUGAUUUGGUUGAAAAGACAUUGGUAAUAGAUGGAAAUUCCCGUAUUGUGAAGGACCAUGAACGAGACAUAUGGGAACCCGAAGAACCACCAAAAAUGGUGUCGGCAACGAAUCAAUCUCCAAUUUUCAACGGUCCCGGGUCAUUCAGGAGUCUUAGUGGGAAAACUGAUGACCUCGGGAGUGGGCCUGGAAGUCUUUCAAAGCUAGCAGGAUUAGGUCGGGCUGCCAGACGCCAAUUGGCUACUACGUUAGAUGAUUUCUGGAAACUUCUUUUUGAUUUGCAUGGGGAGAUGACACAAGAUGCCAAAACUAACAAACUUGACAAAUUGCUCGGGAUAGACUCUAAAGUAACCAUGAAGGCCAGCCCAAUUAUAUCCAAAAUGGCAAAUCCAGAAAUCGAGUUUAAUGGCUACAACACGUCUGUGUCUAGCGGAUUAUCUAGUGGAGUAUCUGAUUCGAUUUAUGGGGUACAACGGGGGUCGUCUUCUUUGUUGGCGAGCUAUCAACAAUUACUAGAUGUUUAUGCACAAAACCCGAAUCUCAGUGUGCUGGAUUCCGAGAAACGUUACCAUAGCCUCCGCUUGCCGCAAGUAACUGGUGCAUUUGUUGACCAGCCGGCUACUGUUCACGGGUAUCAAAUCAAGUCCUAUAUCAAUCAAACUAAACAAAGAAGUUCGGAAUACAUGGAACCAGUGUCUCCGAAAUCACCAUCAUUCAUUUCAUCGAACUACAAAGCUCCGGUUUCCUUGACAAAAACCCAACAAAACGGGCUACGGCCGGCAAAGCCACCAGGUUUUCCGGAUCCUGUUGUAUCUAGGAACAACUCAAUGCAACCUGAGCGAACUCAUUACAAUAUUCAGCCAGUAGCCCCAGUUGAGAAUAUUCACGAGAAGAAGUAUUACAGUAUGCCUGAUAUCUCCGGUCUCCUUCCUAAUCGUGAUUCUAAAAUUUUACCUGAACGGGAUGGUACUGCAAGAUACGGGACUCUCGGGCAAUCAGUUUAUUCUGGCCCUUCGUACCGGUCUGGGACUAUUUCCAGUUAUGGUGGGUUGUUGUAUUCAAAUUUAUCCAGGGAUGCUGCUGCUUACCAGCCCGUUUCCAGCUAUGGCCCUGGUUUAGGGUCAGAUACAUGGUCCAUGUGGUCCAAACAACCAUCUGAACAAUUUGGUGUAGCCGGAAAGGUAAACCCUCGAUCACAUUCGAGCACCCAAGAAGCCAUACCUGCAGUAGAUUCUGAAGCAAAUCUUCUCAAGUCUUUUAGACUUUGCAUUGUUAAACUCUUGAAGCUUGAAGGUUCUGAAUGGCUGUUUAAACAGAAUGGGGGUCUAGAUGAGGAUCUUGUUGACCGUGUGGCUGCACGUGAGAGAUUUCUUUAUGAAAUUGAGAGCAAUGAGGUGACUCGUGUGGGCCAUGGUGGAGCUAAGGUUGAUGAAGCAGAGUACAAUAAGUAUCUAGUGACCUCGGUUCCAAAUUGUGGUGAGGGUUGUGUUUGGAGAAUCGAGUUGAUAAAAAGCUUCGGCGUAUGGUGUAUACGUCGGAUUCUCGAACUUUCACUCAUGGAAAGCAGGCCCGAGCUUUGGGGAAAGUAUACAUAUGUUCUUAAUCGUCUGCAGGGAAUAAUAGAGCCGGCAUUUUCAAAACCCCGUGUGCCGACAAGCCCAUGUUUCUGCCUUCAACUUCCAGACUCGUACCAACAGAGAUCAUCACCGCCCAAAUCCUUAAGUAGUUUGCCCCCUCCGGCAAAACAGAACAGAGGGAAAUCCACCACUGCUGCCAGUCUCUUGGACAUAGUCAAGGAUGUCGAGACGGCUAUCUCGUGUAGAAAAGGUCGACCUGGUACUGCAGCUGGUGAUGUGGCAUUUCCAGAAGGAAAAAAGAACCUAGCGUCAGUGCUUAAACGGUACAAACGUCGGUUGCUAGCAGUGACUGCAGAGGGGCUUAGCCGGAGCCCAUAGGUCUCAAGCUUCUUUGGUCUAUUUAAAUGAAAUCUUCAUUGGGUUGUUUUAUAAUUCACGAACAACUCGAUAUUUCACCCUUUCUUGGUUUCGAGGUUUUAGGUUUUGUGUACGUGUACAUCGGGUAUGUUGCAGGCUCUUCUGUAUGCACUGAAGAAUGAACGGCGAUGAUUGUGGUCACACUGACAUGCUUGGCGUAGAAUAAUAGAAUGUUUUUCUCCUUUUUUUUUGAGUAGAUCUGGAUCAAGGUCGUUAUGUAGUGUAAAUAUUUUUAUGCUAGCGACACGAGGGUCUACUAUGGAAAUGAGAUGGGUCUUUCGUGUUUGUUUGGUUGGUUGUUUUUUUUUCCCACAUAGAAACAAGUAUAAACUGAAUCAAAAUGUUUCCUUGUAAUCUUUAUUAAUAAUAUCUUUAGCAUGCA